AGCUCGCGGUGCACGCUAAUUAGAACAACCCACAUGGACCAGAGAGCUAGGGUGAGAGUGAGAGUGAGAGAAUGCCUUCACUGGGAGGUCUCCUGAGGGCGGGUAGUGUGGCUGUGCUGAGUAUGAGUGGUGGACUCUGCUAUGGCUACUUCACCUUCCAUCAGUGGAUGUUUGAUACCGUGUUUAUGCCAAUAACAAGGCAACUGGACCCUGAGACAGCACACUUGUCUGCAGUGGCUCUGGCUGCAAGAGGAUGGCUCCCUCGAGACAAGAGCAAGGAUCCUGACAUUCUGCGUACUAGUGUGUGGGGUCUGUCUCUCUCCAACCCCCUCGGGCUGGCAGCUGGGUUUGACAAACAUGCUGAGGGCUACCAGGCUCUAUUAGAGAUGGGGUUUGGGCUGGUUGAGGUGGGGAGUGUGACCCCUCAUCCCCAGGCUGGGAACAAUAGGCCCAGAGUAUUCAGGCUGGAGGAGGACAGAGCUGUCAUCAACAGAUAUGGAUUCAACAGUCACGGCCAUGCUGUGGUCAAGGAUCGACUGAGAGGCUGGAAGCAAGCCAAAGAGAGGCCCUCCCUGCAACACAAGCUGUUGGGGGUCAACCUUGGUAAGAACAAGAGCAGCCCUUCACCAGAGCAGGACUAUGUGAGAGGAGUGAGGGAACUGGGGGCAUCUGCUGACUAUGUGGUGAUCAAUGUGUCCUCUCCCAACACUCCCGGGCUAAGAGACAUGCAAGGCAGGCAGGCACUAGAGACACUACUGGAUAAGGUGCUUGCAGAGAGGGACAGUCUCCCUCACCCACUGCCCCUGCUCGUUAAGAUUGCACCUGACCUCAGUCAAGAGGACAAACGAGACAUUGCCAUCGUGGUAACAAGAGAGAAGGGUGGUGUUGAUGGGUUGAUUGUCUCCAAUACCACAGUAUCGCGACCUUUGACCCUUACUAGCAGCUACCAGGGAGAGGGGGGUGGUCUCAGUGGAGAGCCUCUCAAGGAACUGGCCACACAGACCAUCAGGGACAUGUACUCUCUCACUCAAGGUGAGGCUGUUCUAAUGUGUACACCAUCUCUUCGUGCAGGGGAAAUCCCCAUCAUUGGUGUUGGGGGUGUGUCUAGUGGUCAAGAUGCCUACAACAAGAUAGUGGCUGGUGCUAGUCUGGUGCAGCUCUACACGUCACUGUCCUACGAGGGUCCCCCUGUCAUUGGGAGGGUUAAGAGAGAACUGGCGUCCAUUCUCAAGGAGAAGGGAUUCACCAGCGUCACACAAGCAGUCGGAUGUGAACACACAAACACAAUCAAAUGAUAGCGUAUUCUACUAUGUCCUUAUUUGUGUUCUGUACCACAGCAUUAGUGAGCUUCAGUUUCGCUCAUCGCUAUUAAAAAUUAUAUAUCUCUCA